AUUCCAACUUUUCAAACAAUGACCUCGGUAUAGAAAGUCUCAUGCUCUCUAAGAAACUUUACAAUGGCAUCACUAGAAACAAAAAUAUAAAGUUAGAAGUAAUCAUUUUUUAUUCUAAUCAAAAUGGUCAUUACAAUACGCUGAAAAACAAUCUGAAAAAAACUGUUCUUUCUAACUAUGCUAGCAACGAACAAUCCCCUGAGACUUCAAAUAAAGAAAAAGGAAAAGCUCAAAAUAAUAUCAAUAAUUACCUUGAUACCAUUAAAGAAAAAUACGCUAAACUAAGCUCUUCUCCUUCAAGAAAGAGACAACAAUCAAAUUUAUUAACUACCUCUUUUUUUUCUAAAGCCCAAAAAGCUUCUCCUGAAAUCGAAUCUAAUUUCUUAAAUACCAUAUCUUAA